GUCUUGAACACAUCCACUCAAGGUUAUGGAGGCAGAAUCGAUCUGGUCUGAUCAAAUUGUCUUAACCUUACGUCCGUGUAAUUUUCGAUGGUUGUUAAUUGCGUACCCUAUGUUCUCUCUGAGUCAUAGGCUCUUUUUCCCUCUUGUUCCCCCCCGAAUUAUCCCUUUUGCUGCUACGGUCACAUCCCCGAUACACAAAGUACCAUCAGUCUAGACGACAAAUCACCAAAGUCUGAAAGUUACACAACCCUUCCAUUCAUCCUGUCGUUUUACUCGGUUACGGUGCAGGGGGUGGUUUACUACGAUUGUAUGAAGCUCCGGCUCACUCGAGUUUCCUUUGUUUGUCACUGGUGUUUCGAAGCACACAAAUGAUUUUGAGUCACUAAGUUUGCAAGAGAUUAAUAACCUAUUUUCAAACCAUGCAGCUCUUCAGAGAGUAUCAGGUGUUUAUUUGGACACUUAACAAAUAAUCUCUGAAAUCUUGACAGCUACGCUAAUUACAUUCAUUGAGUACCAUGUAGCCAUUUACAAGGCAGAACUUGCCAUACCAUACUAUCAGUCACCUAGUUACUCACCUUGAGUUAGAGACAGGUUAAAACAUAUACAGACUUUUGACAAAAGAUGUGCAUUCCUUCAGUACCGUAGGAUGCACUUCAAAAGCUCAUCAUUUCCAUCCAUUGCCAGUAAACUGUACCGUUUUUACCAUCCAAUUUAUGUAGAGAAACAGACAUUUUGGGCACUACAGAGUCUUUAGUAAGUCGUCUCUCAUACUCUUCCCUGAGAUUUGUUUGUUAACUUCUUUGUAUAAAUUCUCCCAGGCCGUUUUCAGGGUCUUUCGGUUUAAGCGUCCAACCUGUUGAGGACGCACAUGAGUCGACACAUUGAUAAAUAAUACUCUAGGAGUUAUCUAUUUCACAGGUAAAUAUUUAUCAUUCCACCAUCCAGUUACGCUGAGCAAGGCGAUCAUUAGUCGAGACUGUCCACUUUUGGCUACAAAGUCGCAUACUUUGGUCCCUGAUCGAGUACCUAAUAACAUAAGCUGACACUAUACACUGAAAUGCUCUCUAAAACGCUUUUGAAGAGUUAUCAUAAAACAUUUUUGUUCCUCAGGAAAAACGUAACUACAAGUGGAUUUGAGAAACUCAAACAAAACAACUGUUCACAUUCCAGUUAUUGCGAGGAUCCUCUAAGUUGUUCUGAUUAUUUUGGUCUUAAAAACUUGGUUAAUGUUACGGAUUUGUUCCAAGCUCGUGUUCAUUUGGGUCACCGAUCGGUGUUACGCAAUGAAUACAUGAAGCCAUACAUAUACGGUUGUAGACAGGGAAUAGACAUAAUUGAUCUACAACAGACAUGUUCCUUAAUGUUUGAUGCACUUAAUUUCGCUGCCCACAUUGCCUACCGUCAAGGAAUAAUACUUUUUAUGCACCAGAAUAAACAAAUGUUGCCUUUAAUUGAAAAAACUGCUGAAAAUAUCGGCGAGUAUUCUUACUGCCGCAAAUGGGAAGGUGGAGUAUUUACAAACUCAUCAGAUGUUUUUCAUGACUCUGUGAGGCUCCCUGACUUAAUUCUUUUUCUCAGUACCUGUAAUUCAAUCUCCAGACCUCAUUCUGCUGUUCGAGAUGCGGCAAAGAUGCUCAUCCCAACCAUUGGUGUAGUUGACACGAAUUCGGACCCCAGAUUAAUUAGCUAUCCUGUGCCUGGUAACGACGAUAGCCCUACAGCAGUACGUUUGUUUUGUGCAUUAUUCGCAGAGGCUAUAACAAGAGGCAAAAAGACCGCUGCUCGAGAUCAAUUAUUAAAGGAGCAGCUAGACCGUCAAUCCUAGUCAUCCGAUAACGUGGAAACAUCAGCAAUCGCCUAAUGAAUUAUUAACUGAUAUAUAAACUUGUAUAUAUAUAUAUAUAUAUAUA